AUGACUGGCGGCGCAGUGGGGGCUCUCGGAGCGCGGAGAAGGGGGAAGGGGAGACUGCCCGUGAGCGCUGACGCGGUCAGCGUCUGCAAGGAUGAAUCUCGGGUGUACCAGGUCUAUGCCCACCUUUACCCUCCACUGCACGUGGCUGGCUCGCAUCACUCCGGCAUCACUCGGGUUGCUCCGCUCAACCGGCCCGUCCUCAGCUGCGCGCGGGCCGGGCAUGUCCUGAGCCAGACCCGGACCGGGCAGCGAGCGGACGGGACGGACAAGAGCGCGCGCGCGGGGUACCCCCCGGCGCCGCCCGCCCCGGCCAUGCCCGGCCGCCCGAGCGCUCGCAGCGCCCGCAGCCCCCGCAGCCCCGCGCCGCGGCUGCGCCCCCUGCUCCUGCUGCUCUGCGCCCUGGCGCCCGGCGACCCCGGACCCGCACCAGGCUAUGGCGCGGACGGCCGCGCGGCGCUGGACAUCGUACACCCGGUGCGCGUGGACGCAGGGGGCUCCUUCCUGUCCUACGAGCUGUGGCCGCGCGCGCUGCGCAAGCGGGACGUGUCCACGCGCCGCGCCGCGCCCGCCUUCUACGAGCUGCAGUACCGGGGGCGCGAGUUGCGCUUCAACCUGACCACGAACCCGCACCUGCUGGCGCCCAGCUUCGUGAGCGAGACUCGGCGGCGCGGCGGCCUGGGGCGCACGCACAUCCGCGCCCGCGCGCCCGCCUGCCACCUGCUCGGCGAGGUGCAGGACCCCGAGCUGGAGGGCGGCCUGGCGGCCAUCAGCGCCUGCGACGGGCUGAAAGGUGUGUUCCAGCUCUCCAACGAGGACUACUUCAUCGAGCCCCUCGACGGCGUCCCGGCCCAGCCCGGCCAUGCCCAGCCCCACGUGGUCUACAAGCGCCAGGCGCCGGAGAGGGAAACCACGCCGGGCAACCCCGCAGCUGCAGGCACCUGUGGGGUACAAGCAUCGGUGGAGCUGGAGGCGCGGCGGGAGCGCUGGGAGCAGCGGCAGCAGGGGCGGCGGCGGCCGGGGCCGAGGCGGCUCCAUCAGCGCUCGGUCAGCAGAGAGAAGUGGGUGGAGACCUUGGUGGUGGCCGACGCCAAAAUGGUGGAGUACCACGGGCAGCCGCAAGUUGAGAGCUACGUGCUGACCAUCAUGAACAUGGUGGCCGGCCUGUUCCGCGACCCCAGCAUCGGGAACCCCAUCCACAUCACCCUCGUGCGCCUGGUCCUGCUGGAGGAUGAGGAGGAAGACCUGAAGGUCACACACCACGCAGACAACACCCUGAGGAGCUUCUGCCGGUGGCAGAAGAGCAUCAACAUGAAGGGGGACGCGCACCCGCUGCACCACGACACGGCCAUCCUGCUGACCAGGAAGGACCUGUGUGCAGCCAUGAACCAGCCCUGUGAGACGCUGGGCCUGUCCCACGUGGCGGGCAUGUGCCAGCCGCACCGCAGCUGUAACAUCAACGAGGACACAGGGCUGCCGCUGGCCUUCACCGUGGCCCACGAGCUCGGACACAGCUUUGGCAUUCAGCAUGAUGGAAACGGCAAUGACUGCGAGCCUGUUGGGAAACGGCCUUUCAUCAUGUCUCCACAGCUCCUGUAUGACACCGUCCCCCUCACCUGGUCCCACUGCAGCCGCGAGUACAUCACCAGAUUCCUGGACCGAGGGUGGGGCCUGUGCUUGGACGACUCCCCCAGCAAGGAUGUCAUCGACUUCCCUUCCGUGCCACCCGGGGUCCUCUACGAUGUGGGCCACCAGUGCCGCCUCCAGUAUGGGGCCUACUCUGCUUUCUGUGACGACAUGGAUAAUGUGUGCCACACUCUGUGGUGCUCUGUGGGGACCACCUGUCACUCCAAGCUGGACGCGGCCGUGGAUGGUACCAGGUGUGGGGAGAACAAGUGGUGUCUGCACGGGGAGUGCGUGCCCGUCAGCUUCCGGCCCGAGGCCGUGGACGGCGGCUGGUCCGGCUGGAGCGCCUGGUCAGUCUGCUCGCGGAGCUGCGGCGUGGGUGUGCGGAGUGCCGAGCGGCAGUGCACACAGCCCGUGCCCAAAUACAAGGGCAAGUACUGCGUGGGCGAGCGGAAGCGCUUCCGCCUGUGCAGCCUGCAGGCCUGCCCGCCGGGCCGCCCCUCCUUCCGCCACGUGCAGUGCAGCCGCUUCGACGCCGUGCUCUACAAGGGCCGGCUGCAUACGUGGGUGCCCGUGGUCAAUGACGUGAACCCCUGUGAGCUGCACUGCCGCCCAUCCAACGAGUACUUUGCUGAGAAGCUGCGGGACGCCGUGGUUGACGGCACCCCCUGCUACCCGGGCCAGCCCGGCCAUGACCUCUGCAUCAACGGUAUCUGCAAGAAUGUGGGCUGUGACUUCAAGAUCGACUCCGGGGCCAUCGAGGACCGCUGUGGCGUGUGUCACGGCAAUGGCUCCACCUGCCACACCGUGAGCGGGACCUUCGAGGAGUCUGAGGGCCUGGGCUACGUGGAUGUGGGGCUGAUCCCGGCCGGUGCCCGUGAGAUCCGCAUCGAGGAGGUGGCGGAGGCCGCCAACUUCCUGGCCCUGCGCAGCGAGGACCCCGAGAAGUACUUCCUGAACGGGGGCUGGACCAUCCAGUGGAGCGGGGACUAUCGGGCGGCGGGCACUACCUUCACAUACGCACGCACCGGCGGCCGGGAGAGCCUCACGUCCCCCGGCCCCACCCAUGAGCCCGUCUGGAUCCAGCUGCUGUUCCAGGAGAGCAACCCUGGGGUGCGCUACGAGUACACCAUCCACAGGGAGGUAGACGGCCCUGCCCAGGUCAAGCCGCCCGAGUUCUCCUGGAGCUAUGGGCCGUGGACCAAGUGCACGGUCACCUGCGGCACAGGGGUGCAGAGGCAAAGCACGCACUGCAGCGAGCGACAGGCGGGGCCCGUGGACGAGAGACACUGUGACCCCCUGAGCCGGCCUGACGACAGGCAGCGGAAGUGCAGCGAGGAGCCCUGCCCAGCCCGGUGGUGGGCGGGGGAGUGGCAGCAGUGCUCCAGCUCCUGCGGCCCCGGGGGCCUCUCCCGCCGCACCGUGCUCUGCAUCCGGAGUGUGGGGCUGGACGAGCAGAGCGCCCUGGAGCCGCCCGCCUGCGCCCACCUCCCCCGGCCCCCUGCUGAGACCCCUUGCAACCGCCACGUGCCCUGUCCAGCCACCUGGGCCGUGGGGGACUGGUCUCAGUGCUCAGCGACGUGUGGGGAGGCCACUCAGCACCGAAUUGUCCUCUGUACCAACAACACCGGCGUCCCCUGCGAUGAGGCCCAGCGGCCAGCCACUGGGGCCCCCUGCUCCCUGCUGCCCUGUCCUCGGGGCCCGGACCUCGAAGGCUCAGGCAGCGGCUCCUCCAGCCGCGAGCUCUUCAAUGAGAUCGACUUCAUCCCCCCACGCCUGGCCCCACGCCCUCUGCUCCCCUCAUCCUUUGAGCCGGCUGGCAUGGGCAAUGCCAUCGAGGAGGACCCGGAGCUGGGCCCGCCGGGGCCCGUGUUUGUUGACGAUUUCUACUAUGACUACAACUUCAUUAACUUCCACGAGGACCUGUCCUAUGGGCCCUUCAACGAGCCAGACCCAGACCUGGCAGGGGCAGGGGACUGGACACCCCCACCCCUGAGCAGUCCUGCCGAGUCCCCCACAGGCACCCCCCUGCCAGCCUCAGAGCCUCCUGGGACCGAAAAGGAGGGGGCACUGGGAGACGGGACCCCUGCCCCUCGGCCCAGCCAGGCUGGCCGCUCUCUGGCCCCACCCUCGGAGCAGGCCCCUGGGAACCCCCUGGUCAAUUUCUUACCUGAGGAGGACACCCCCACCGGGGCCCCAGACUUGGGGUUCCCUAGCUGGCCCUGGCCCCCCGCUUCAGUCGGUGGCACGGAGACACCUGCUGCCCCUGGGGGCCAAAACAGGCUCCCGGGAGGGGAAGACAGCCGGAGCCAGCCGUACCCCCCACGCUGGCAGGGGGCCAACGAGCUCUCUGAGGACGAGGAGGAAGACUUAGACCCCCGAACAACAAGCCUGCCCCAAGGACCCCACCCCACGUCUCCCCCUUUGCCCUCCUUUAGCACCAGCCGUGCUUCCCCCAGUCCUGACACAGGAGAUCCAUGGACGGUGGGGACCGUGGCCUGGGAACCAGUUCUGGGCGGUGGCCAAGGCCCUGUGGACACCAAGCUGUGGCCCCCCAUUGGGGGAGAUCCUUCCCCUCCUCCCCCAGCCACUCUGCCAGCCACCUGGGGCGGGGCCAGCCCCCUGGAACCGGGCACUCCCACCCCUUCAGCCCCGUGGGACCUGCAGACCGAGGCUGUGCCAGGAACCUUCCUUCCGAUGCCCACCCCUGGCCUUGAGCACACAUUUUGGGGGCUGGCCCCAGGACCUGUGGGCCAGCCUGAAGGCCCUGGCUCUGAGGUGCCCCGGAGCCCCGUGCUGCUGCCAGCUCAGGACAGUUCGGCCAACAGCAGCAGAGUCCCCGAGGCCAAGCCCCUGGACCCCGGCCUGGCCGAGGACUGGCCACCAGCUGGGAAUGCCAGCUGGGAGGUGGGAAGCUGGAGCGAGUGCUCCACCACCUGUGGCCUGGGCGCCGUCUGGAGGUCCGUGCGCUGUAGCUCCGGCCGCGAGGACGACUGCCCUGCCACUGGCCGGCCCCAGCCCGCCCGCCGCUGCCACCUGAGGCCCUGUGCCGCCUGGCACACGGGGAACUGGAGUAAGUGCUCCCGCAGCUGUGGCGGGGGGUCCUCUGUGCGGGACGUGCAGUGCAUGGACACGCGGGACCUGCGGCCGCUGCGGCCCUUCCACUGCCAGCCGGGGCCGGCCAUGCCGCCUGCGCGCCGUGCCUGCGGGCUGCAGCCCUGCCUCAGCUGGUACACCUCUUCCUGGAGGGAGUGCUCGGAGGCUUGUGGCGGUGGCGAGCAGCAGCGUCUGGUGACCUGCCCGGAGCCGGGCCUCUGUGAGGAGACGCUGAGACCCAACAGCACGCGGGCCUGCAACACGCACCCCUGCACGCAGUGGGUGGUGGGGCCCUGGGGCCAGUGCUCAGCGCCCUGUGGCGGAGGCGUGCAGCGGCGUCUGGUCCGGUGUAUCAAUACCCAGACGGGGCUGCCCGAGGAAGACAGUGAGCAGUGCAGUCACGAGGCCUGGCCCGAGAGCUCCCGGCCGUGCGGCGCCCAGGAUUGCGAGCUCGCCGAGGCACCCCGCUGUGAGCGGGACCGUCUGUCGUUCGGCUUCUGCGAGACCCUGCGCCUGCUGGGCCGAUGCCAGCUGCCCGCUGUCCGCACCCAGUGCUGCCGCUCCUGCCCCACUCCGGGCCACGGAGCCCCCUCCCGCGGCCACCAGCGCGUCGCCCGCCGCUGACCACCCCCGUCCGGGACGCACGGAUCCGCCGACCCCUCACCCAGACGCACGGACCUCACGCCCCACUGGGGGCUGCACCCCGAAGGUGCUAACCCGGCCUGCUGGUGGCGGGCUGGGGACCCCUCCCCCAAGAAAAAGUAUUUUUUUAACAGUUU